AUGGCUAUCAACCUCAUUGUUGCCACCAAGUCUCAGGCCAGCUAUGGUGCUUUGGCUGUCGCUGCCCAGGUCAACAUGGCCAAGCCUCAAACCGUUGCCGUUGAAUACCGCGAUGCUGCCAACCUCCAAGCCGAAGGUGCUGCUAAGGCCACUGCUCUUAUCAAGUACAAUGGUGAGAACUAUGAUACCGUCAGCUCUAUCGCUCGUCUCUUGGGUCGUCUUGUUCCCGAAGCUGGUCUUUACAACACCUCUGAUCCUAUCAGCUCUACUUUGGUGGAUCAAUGGGUUGACUUUGCCGCUGUCAAGCUUGGCACCUCUGAUUUCAAGCAAUUGGAUGCUGGUUUCAAGGAACUCAACAAGUACCUCACCCUUCGUUCCUACAUUGUCGGCUACCAACUCUCUCUUGCUGACUUCGUUGUUUGGGGUGCUUUGAAGGCUUCUCCCGUGUUUGCUCGUGUCUUCAAGACCAAGAAGGAAUCUGUUGGCACUUACCUUGGUCGUUGGUUCGAAUUCGUCUCUUCCCUCGAUGCUGCUCAAUUGGCUGUUAAGGAUUUGCAAAACGCUUCCAAGCCCCAGAAGGCUGCUGAUCAGGGCAAGUUCGAGAUUGGUCUUACUGAAGCCGAGAUGGGCAAGGUUGUCACUCGUUUCCCUCCUGAGCCCAGUGGUUACCUUCACAUUGGACACGCUAAGGCCGCUUUGUUGAACCAAUACUUUGCUCAGACCUACAAGGGCAAAAUGAUUGUCCGUUUCGAUGAUACCAAUCCCAGCAAGGAAAAAUCCGAAUUCGAGGAGUCCAUCAAGGAAGAUUUGGCUCUCAUUGGCAUUGAUUCAUCCAUUGUUACCCACACUUCCGAUUACUUUGAUCAAAUCUAUGAGCUUGCUUUGAAGAUGCUCAAGGAAGGCAAGGCCUACGUUGAUGACACUGAUCAAGCCACUAUGCGUGACCAACGUAUGAAGGGUGAGCCAUCCAAGUGCCGUGAUUUACCUGUCGAGGAGAACUUGCGUCGCUUUGAGGAAAUGACCAAGGGCACUGAAUUUGGUCAAACCUGCUGCAUGCGUGCAAAGAUCAGCCCCAAUGACCCCAACGGUACUAUGCGUGAUCCUGUGAUCUAUCGUUGCAACUUGACUCCUCAUCAUUUCACUGGUGACAAGUGGAAGGUAUACCCAACCUAUGAUUUCGCUUGCCCUGUGGUCGACUCUUUGGAAGGUGUUACCCACGCUUUGAGAACCAACGAGUACCGUGAUCGUAACGUUCAAUACCACUGGAUGCUUGAGGCCCUUGGUUUGCGCAAGGUCAACAUUUGGGAUUUCAGCCGUAUCAACUUUGUGUACACUUUGCUUUCCAAGCGUAAGCUUACUUGGUUUGUUAACGAAGGCAUUGUCUCUGGUUGGGAUGAUCCUCGUUUCCCCACUGUUCGUGGUAUCCGUCGUCGUGGUAUGACCAUUGAAGCUCUCAAGCAAUACAUCUUGAUGCAAGGUGCUUCCCAAAACGUGCUCAUGCUUGAAUGGGACAAGUUGUGGGCUCUCAACAAGAAGGUCAUUGAUCCUGUUGCCCCUCGUCACACUGCCGUCGUCAAGGAAAACAUGGUCCAAUGCAAUGUUCAAGGCGCUCCUGCUACCCCUGAAGUUAAGGAAGUCCUCAAGCACAAGAAGAACCCUGAUGUUGGUACCAAGAAGACCACCUAUUCCAACAAGAUUGUCGUUGACCAAGAGGAUGCCAAGACCUUUGAAAUUGGUGAAGAGAUCACUCUUAUGGACUGGGGUAAUGCUUUCGUCCGCAAUGUCACCAAGGAUGCCAAUGGUGUUGCUACUGGUGUCGAUCUUGAGCUUCACUUGGAAGGUGACUUCAAGAAGACCAAGAAGAAGAUCUCCUGGCUUUCGUAUGGCGACGAAUUGGCCGAUGCUUUGCUCGUCGAUUACGAUUACCUUAUCACCAAGAAGAAGGUCGAGGAAGGUGACAAUGUCGAGGAUCUCGUCACUCCUUGCAGCGAAUUCAAGACUCCCGCUGUGGCAGAUGCCAAUGUAAAGGAACUCAAGAAGGGUGAUAUUAUUCAGUUUGAGCGUAAGGGUUACUAUAUCCUCGAUGCUCCUGCUACCGAUUCCACCCCGGCCUUCUUCAUCAGCAUCCCUGAUGGCAAGGCCUCUUCCAUGGCUUCCAAGGCUGAUAACGGCAACAGCAAGAAGAAGUAA